AUGCCAUUUAGUGGAUGUAGCUCUACUAGUGGUUCCAGUGGAGCCAACAACACAGCCUCAGGUAUACUCGCUGUGACGACUGGUUCCUCAAUAAACCCUAAUGCUGGUUGCUCGUCCUCUGGUACCUACUCACGACUUCUUUUGUCGGCUCCACCAUCCACCUUCACUUCGAGCUGCGGAGAAAGCAAUAUCAACACUGGAGAAUCUGAAACAGGAGAGGCCCGUGGGCUUGUUGCCGGAACACUACGUUCAGCUGAAGCUGUAUCUGCGGCAGCUGUGUCAGUGUCUGGUGCAAUAAUCUCGCCUGAAGCAUCUCUAUCAGCCGUCCGUUUGCGUCGCCGGGAACGACAGCUUAUUCUACAGCAAAAGCAAAUUCAUCCUUCUUCCGUUUCAGCAGUACUUUCAACACCUUCAGCACCAGUAACUUCCCCAGAUCUCCAAGCUGACGAAAAGGUGAAUUUCGAAUUAGCACUCAUUUAG